CCUCACAACAUUGGAACCCCACCAUCUAGUCAAUUACUUCUCAUCACCACUUACAUAACCCACCAUGCAAGCCGUCAUCUUCAAGGGUCCCCUUGAAGUCGCGCUCGAGGAGCGUCCCAUUCCUCAAAUUCAGGAUUCUACGGAUGUGCUCAUUAAAGUUCGGUACACGGCAUUAUGUGGGAGUGAGCUCCAUGUCUUCCGCGGCCACCAACCCUCCCCGACAGGCUUCAUAAUGGGCCAUGAAUUCACCGGCGAGAUCGUCGCCACGGGCCCCGACGUCCAACACUUCCAGAAAGGCGAUCUAGUCGUCUCUCCCUUUACCGUCAGCUGCGGGACCUGUUUCUACUGCACACGGGGGUGUUCCUCGCGAUGCGCCAAAUGUCAACUCUACGGUUCGGCGGUCCUCGAUGGCGGACAGGCAGAUUACGUGCGCGUGCCGUUGGCGGAUUCAACUCUUGUCAAGGCGCCCGAGGGCAUCGAUGAGAAGAAACUAGUGCUCAUGGCGGAUAUUUUCCCGACGGGGUAUUUCGCAGCGAGGAAUGCGUUCAAGGGUAUGGAGGAGGAUGAGAUACGGGAGAGUGUGGUGGUGGUGUUUGGGUGUGGGCCGGUGGGGAUUUGUGCGUUGAUUAGUGCGUUGGAGUAUCGUGCGAAGAAGGUCAUUGCGGUGGAUAGUGUGGUGGAGAGGUUGGAGUUGGCGGGGAGGUUGGGGGCCGAGUCGUGGAAUUUUCAGACGCAGGGAGAGGAGUUGAGGGAGAGAGUGAGGGAGUUGACGGAGGGGAGGGGCGCGGAUGUGGCGAUUGAGGUGGUGGGUCAUAGUAGUGCGUUGGGGAUGGCGUUUGAGAUGUUGAGGCCCUGGGGACGGAUCUCGAGUGUGGGUGUGCAUAAUGGGGAGAUUCCUUGGACGGGGAAUCAGGCGUAUGGGAAGAAUUUGCAGGUGCAGAUGGGGAGGUGUCCGGUUCGGAGUAUUUUCGAGGAUGCGUUGAAGAUGUUGGUGAAGAAGCAAGAUAUUCUCGAUUUCAUGGUGACGGAUGUGCGGCCGUUGUCUGAGGCUAUUCAGGCGUAUGAUGAUUUCAACCAUAUGCGAUCCCAGAAAAUUAUCUUUGAGGGAGGGAAGUGAUGUCGGCAUGGUUAGGAGGUGCAAUGGUAGUUUGUUUUAAGGUGAAGCGCUGCUUGUACACAUUCCUCUCAUGAGUGACUAGCUAUAGCCAUACUAUGCCCAGGUUAACUCAAAGUAC